UUCCGGUGGAGCGCCAUUUUGUUAGCUUCCCUAGCAAAAUAAAGGGGACAAGUUGGUGGUCAUCUUAUGUUAUUGUUCUUUCGGGCUGUUGAACACCUUCCGCAGUCAUGUGGUAUGAAAUUCUACCCGGCCUAGGCAUCAUGGCGGUGUGUCUGAUCAUUCCUGGUAUUGCCACUACACAGAUCCAUAAAUUCACUAAUGGAGGAAAGGAAAAAAGAAUCGCCCGAGUUCCGUGGCAGUGGUACCUGAUGGAGAGAGACAAGCGGGUGUCGGGAACAGGGCGCUACUUUGACUCCAAGGGACUCGAGAACAUCCACUGAGGACAAGGAAGAACGUUUGUUGUACAUUCAAAAAAAGUUUUAUUGCACAUUAAUUUGUGUCUAUUGUACUAAUUAAAAAGUUGCUAUCAACUA